GCAGGCGGUCGAGGAUAAAAGGCCGUAGUGUCCGCGGACUUCGCAGCCGUCACCUCCUGCCGUGUUCUCGUCAAAGCUGCGUCGCCUACCUAUGUUCUACGACCCCGCCAACGACGUCCAACGCCCUACUCAUCCUCGCUUGCAUCUUCGCGACGUCCGAGAUGCGCAUAUGUUGUUCGAAGCCGUGAGGCUCGGUUUGAUCAAGCGGGUCCAGCGCCGUCUGAACGACGCCGAGAGGUCGAGCUUCAUCCAGUCGGGCGCUGUGUUCGUCUGGGAGGAGAGUGAAGAGGAGACUGGAUUGAAGAGAUGGACUGACGGCCGGAUCUGGAGCCAGUCACGUAUGCGGGAACCUUACUUGUUUUACGAUGAGAAAUUGUCUCAAGAUGACCCUGACCCUCCGAGCGGACAGUCGUCCAGAUCAACAUUUCGUUUCGUAGAGGGACCAUCGAGGACAUGGUCCUCGUCAGCCCAGUCACACUACGAGCGCAGCGAGCAUCAUCCGACAGGACUCGUGAAACAGGCUUACUCUGCGUGGGUGUUGACCGCCCCCAAUACCCGCCCGCGCAAGUGGCACUUGACGGCGUAUUUCACCUACGCUGACUUGCCGAACAUUCCAACGGUCGACCGCGAUCCGACCUUGCGCAAUAUAACCGUGCCACAAGGCGUCUAUAGGAGUGGAAAAUCGAGGACGAGGAACCCCGACGCGGGGCCCGUACCAUAUUCCCUACCUGCGCUUCAUUCGGCGACACACUCGCUACCAGGUCGUCCGGGCACUCCUGUCAUUCUUCCACCGCCAAAUGCGGACGCCGCCCCCGGGCAGGGAGAACAAAGCGGCAGCCCGCGUCGUUCACAGCCGCGUCGUCCAGAGGACGAGAGGAUGAUACGAUUGCUGAACUCUAAGCCAUUUUAAUGGACGCCAUCGGACGCUUAAUGGUUCUCUUUCGAGAUGAUAAUGAUCAGUUUUGUCCAUUCUUUCCCAAGGAGACUUCUAACUUUACCUUGUCCUAAUACCGAAAAGUACGGCCGUUGAAGUACACU